UUCCUUCUUCUCUUCUCUCCACCUCAACUCGCACCUCGCCCAGCAUGGCUCCUGCCCCUCUGCCCAUCCACGAGAGUCUCUACGCCUCUCUUCUGGCCUGGGCAAACGAGCCGAUAGCUAUCACGUCCAAAGUCUCCAUCAAGCCCUAUGAGCUGCGCACUGAGCUCUUCGUCUUUGUGGGCGCAAUUGCCUUUUGGAUCAUCCAUCUCGUAGGGAAGAGCACCAAUCGCCGCUUGGCCCACAAUUGGGUGCGAGAGGCGUUGCCCAUGAUCGAAAAGGAAUUUGCUACGACGGCGAAUGAUGGGCAAGGCAAGGGGGAGCUCCUCCUUUGGAAUGGAGGGGACGAGGCUGUUCUGUACGCUAGUGGGAGGAGGAGCGUUGAGAGCAUGCAUGCCCACUUCUCCCUCACCCCACGCCAAGACCCGCUCCUCUACUUGUACCACUUCAUCUCGGACAUUGCCCUUGCCACUCCCCUCUCCUCUGCGCGGGACACCCUCACCUUGACCUUCCAACUGCCCACGCCGCCAGCCGCCGCAACAAGCGACGUCUUCGGCGUCUUUUCCAUCGUCGACAAGCGCUGCCUCCAAUCGCUCCGCCAAGCCCGACCUUUCGACCUCAGCUUCGCCCGUCUCCUCGAAAGCAACGAUGAACGCGAGAGGCGCAGCUUGUCGCAACAGUGGGCCGUUAUGAGCGAGAAUGCUGAGCUGACCGACAGCUACCUCGGCGAAGUGGGUCAGAAGGGUGAUGCCCGCCGCGCCAAAGUAGGGAUCCAGACUGUCCUCAACUCUGCUGCGGGUGAGUGGCUGGAAAGCCUCAUCCUCACCGACGUGCCGCAGCAUCGACCGGAAAGCGUCGCGGCCGCCACUGCCGCUGCGACUGCGCAACACCCUCGCCUCCUCAUCGUCAAUUUGCGCGUACCCCGUGGGGCCGCCUCGAUCCGCAACUCCCUGCCCUUGCUGCUCUGCGCAUGCAACAUCCUCGACGCCAUCGACCUCAAUGUUAUCCCUCCUUUGACGGACCGCGCACGCACAAAGAUGCGCAGCGCUCGCCAGGCAGUCGAUGCUGCUGUGCUUAAAGAGCUGCAGGAGGAGGAAGGAGGAGGUGAAGAUGAAAAGGCCAAAGGGAAGCAGAGCAAGGCUAAGAAUCGUGGAGAGAUGAGUGAGAAGGAGCAACAGAAGCGCAAGGAGUUGGAAGAGAAGAGGGCGAGGAGGAAGGCGCAGGGCAAGAUGAAGGUCGGAGGCAGGGCGUGAGGCGUAACAAGGGAGGCUAGAGGGAGAGGUAGCUUGCUUUCGGCUGUGCAUUGCAUUCUCGCCGCUCUCACUCCUGCAUCGACGCCUCGCCCGCAACGGCAGCACUCCAAGCCCUCUUGGCCGCCUCACGAACCCACAGCGCCGUCUCCUGCGCAUCAUCGCCACCACUCAGAAGCAGACCCUGCACCUCCUCAACAUCCUUGUCCACGUCG